AUGUUGCAAAGUCCGUUCACCUGGGCCGCGAACAAGGUGGUGCAGCUCCUCUUUCCCGUCGACACCAGCCCGCGCCCGCAUUCGACGUGGGACGAGCUGGAACCGGCACAGCCGCUCGACGAUCAUGGUUGGCGCAAUCGAGACGAAGCAAGGCGAUACCAGCGUGACACGCGUCUGCCUCACGAUGGGUUCAAACCGAGAUACUUGCCUCUCCUGCAUCGACCGCGACACAACCUCGAAGCGCAGCAACUGUACAAUCACAUCCGCACCACGGCGUGGUAUCUUGACUCACUUCCGAUCUUGGGAUCCGGCUUGCCUUUCAACAUUGGCAUCGAAUCGAUCAUCGGUCUCGUGCCUGGCGUUGGCGACUCUAUCGGUCUCAUCCUGGGCCUCUACCAAAUUCUAAUGUGCUCGCUGUUCGGCCUACCGGUGUCGGUGCUGCUGUGGAUGCUCUUCAACAUCGUCAUCGACUGUCUGUUGGGAAUUGUGCCCGUCAUCGGCGACGCUCUCGACGUUCUCUUCAAGGCCAACAUGCGGAAUCUUCGACUGUUGGAAGACCACUUGCACCAGUCCGGAGGCAAGUGCGGAGCGGGCGUCUUCUACAUCGAGUUUCCACCAAGCGACAAGUUCCUGCCGAAGAAAGAAGAUUUGCAACCAGCCCCGCCUUCGCAUGCCCCUGUCGUGUAUCCUCGGCCUGGCGUCCCAGGGGUCGCACCGAUGAAGCACGCAAGCACAUAUUAUCUCAGCCUUCCGUCGUCGCUGGCAGCAGAUCAAGCCCCCGAUGGACUUGCAUUUUCUGACGACGAUGCAGCAGAUCGCUCUCGGACCGCUCAGGAGUUGCCAGCAAAGGCAGACGCGCUCAGACUGGCCAGUGCGGAGGCGUACACAAUCCCAGACCAGCCAAGCAAGGCCGUCCCAUCUCUGCCUCAAGCGCAUCCGAACGGGAACGUCAUUCACGGCUCCUCUGAUCACAAGUCGAAUCCAGCCAACGGUACGUCGACAGCCACUCCUGCUCAGCACAGCCUCAUACCUGAUCGCAGGGAGACCUCUGCCGCAAUGCAGGCGUCCGAUAAGUUGAAAGGCUCCAGUGCGCCUCCGAAGCCAACGCACAACAGCGCCGAUGUAGCUUCGGCGGCAGACGACGGACGACCGCGCGUCUCUUGGCACGAAACGACGAGAAACAGCUUCUCGACCAUGACGAGAGCCGACAGCAAGCGUCUGCGUCCCGACCUGACGCCCGAGGCCGAUGACGACUUGGACGAAGACUUCGAGGAUCAGCAUCUGCUGAAAGGAACGUCGUCGGAGAGGGAACGUGAGGUGGAGAGUCCCCGGCAACUUUGGCGAAAGCGUCGCGGGCUGUACCUGCUGGUGUACUCGGCCAUCUUCUGCGUGGCCUACGUCACCUCACUGGACUCCAACACGGGCUACCUCUACCUCAACUUUGCCUGCAGCGAGUACGGCGCGCUCGCCUCCUUCAGCACGGUGGCAAUUGUGCAGCAAAUGGUGUUUGCCGUCGCCAAGCCGCCCAUCGCCAAACUGUCCGACGUGGUCGGGCGUCCGCAGGCGUAUGUGUUGUCGCUGGUCUUCUACGUGUGCGGCUACAUCAUUGUUGCGACGACGGGGUCGCUGCGAUCACUCAUCGGUGGCAUCUGCUUGCAGUCGGCAGGCACAACAGGCAUUCAAGUGCUCCAGUCGAUCAUCAUUGCCGACACGACGACAGCCAAAUGGCGCGGACUGGUGAUCGGCAUCGUCAAUCUGCCAUUUCUGAUCAACUUUGCGGUGGCCGGUCCGAUGGUGGACCUGGUCAUGCGUCACGGAGGCUGGCGAUUCGGGUUCGCCAUCUGGACUGUUGUGGUGCCUCUAGCAGCCACGCCUCUGCUUCUGACGCUGCUGGUGGGUCAACGUCGAGCUCGACGUGCGGGACUGGCCACGAGAAGCACGCUAACGGACAAGCCAUGGAGGCAGGCAGUGCGACAGCUGGCAACCGAGCUCGACUUGCUCGGAUUGCUGCUGUUCACAGGCGGCUGGCUGCUGAUCCUGCUGCCUCUGACUCUGGCUGGCCACGGCGAGCGACAUGCGACCGUGCCCACAACCGCUUUCAUCCUUGGCGGCGUGGGCCUGCUAGCCGUCUUUGGAUGGUGGGAGACGCGAGCCUCAGUGCCGAUUCUGCCGUAUCAAUUCCUGACCAAUACGGCGGUGGUGUGCACGUGCGUGGUGGGCGUGCUGGACUUUGCGUCGUUCUACAUCUCAUGGACCUUUCUCUCGAGCUUUGUGCAGAUCCUCAAGGGUUGGGAUCAAACCAAGACGGGCUAUUUCGCCACGACACAGAACGUGACGUCGACCAUCACAGGCAUCAUCGUCGGAUCGUUGAUGGCCAUGACGCGAAGGUACAAGGCGCUGCUGAUGAUUGGACUGGUGAUGCGACUGCUCGGAGCAACAUUGAUGAUCCGCUAUCGGACGGCGGACGACCCGACCUAUAUGCUGGUGCUUUGCCAGCUUCUUCAGGGAGUCGGCGGUGGCUCGAUUGCGAUUACGAUGCAGGUGGCAGUGCAGGUGACGGUACGACACGCAGACGUUGCCAUUGUGACGGCACUGGAGCUGCUGACGACCGAGAUCGGAGCAGCGAUUGGGUCUGCGACGGCUGGCUGGAUGUUUCAAACCUACCUCCCGACCAAAUUGGCAGCCAACCUGCCCAACAUGGACGCCGACGAGCUCAAGCUGGUGUACGGCAGCCUUCAGAAAGCGCUGAGCUACCCGCUGGGAUCGUACGAGCGUGAUGCGAUCAUCGAGUCGUGGGUCGAGGUGAUGCGCAUGCUCAGCAUCGUGGCGACCAUCACGCUGGUGCCUGCGGUUCUGUUCGGGCUGGCCAUUCCCGACACGAUGCUGCCGGAUGUGCACGGUGCUCCGAUCCGCAGUCACCAUCACCACAAUCACGGUCAUCACAACUCACGUCGAGGAGAACGGCGAAGCUCGAGGCGACGCCCGUCGUUCCUCUCCUCUGUUCAACCCUCGUCGCCACUCGAAAUCCGAGCGGGCCACUCGGACAUCACACUGGGGAUGGGGCUAGGUGUUGCCAACGACGACAAUGCCCACGUCAGCUUCCUGGCCGCGACUUCCGCGGCGGGCUCCAAGCGCAGUCGUUCAGUGUCGAGGAACCGCGCGAGUGAACGGGAUGACCUAGACGAGGCCAGUCUGGGACGCAACAAGCGUCGAGCCCGCCAAUCUGUGGUGCCCUGA